UAAAGUCCGCGGAGAAGUGGUUGAGUUGACCAUAACAGACAGCCGUGCCACAUCUUUCUCCCUACCGAAAAAAUGCCACGUUUAGAUUAUUCAAAUCCUAUAUUGGGCUUGGCCCAUAAUUUCAUCUCCAAGAGUCCAAACGUCGAGUCAUCAGGUCUGUGUGGCAACAAAAAAAAAAGAAAAAAGGUCAUCAGGUAUGUUACGACACCGUUCGGUAUCGGCAUCCACAGUUAAAUUCGACGGCCAAGAUUUCCAAGCUCCAGUUUGUAAGAUUAAGUUUUCCUACAAACCAUUAGCGUUUGUCAGUGCAAACCCUAGUCAGAAGCAGCGCAGCCCAGCUCUGUUCCAAUGGAGGGUGAGAUGCUGGGAGUACCGCCAGCAUCCUUCCAUUGUUCGUGUCACCCAUCCAACACGCCCUGACAAGGCUCGCCGAUUGGGCUAUAAGGCCAAGCAGGGCUAUGUGAUUUAUCGUGUGCGUGUUAGACGUGGUGGCAGGAAGAGGCCUGUUCCCAAAGGUAUUGUCUAUGGUAAGCCCACCAACCAGGGUGUAACUCAACUGAAGUUUCAGCGGAGCAAGAGGUCUGUUGCAGAGGAGCGUGCUGGUAGAAAAUUGGGUGGUCUAAGGGUUCUUAAUUCAUACUGGAUUAAUGAGGAUUCUACUUACAAGUAUUUUGAGGUGAUCAUGGUUGAUAUUGCACAUAACGCUAUUCGAAAUGACCCAAGGAUCAACUGGCUCUGCAAUCCUGUUCACAAGCACAGGGAGCUUAGGGGCCUCACCUCUGCGGGGAAGAAAUACAGGGGUCUACGAGGAAAAGGACAUUUGCACCACAAAAAUCGCCCUUCUCGCAGAGCAACCUGGAAGAGAAACAAUACUCUCUCACUUCGUCGCUACCGUUGAGUUCAUUGAUGUGCUUGCAUUUUUUUUCUUUAUGGAUUUUGUUUUAAGGACAGAGUAGCUUUUAUUUUGAGUUUGGAAGUUUUGAUAUUGAAAUAUUUAGAGGUGGCUACUUUAUUUUUUAUUUUUAAGUUAUUUACCAAUAUUGUUUCGACUGUUAGUUUGUUUACUUUCUAUUCAUAUUUCCACACAACUACGAGGUUUGACUCCUCCA